AUGAUGAAGAAUAAGGGCAAAUACAAGGGUUCAAGUUCAAAGGACCACAAGUUCGACCUAAGCAAGGUGAUGUGCCAUCACUGCAAGGAGGCUGGACACUUCAAGCUAAACUGUCCAAAGCUCAAGAAGGAGGACAAAGAAAAGAAGGAAAGGAAGAGAGUACUCAUGGCAGCUUGGGAGAAUCUUGAAAAUGACUCAAAUGAAGAAGAAGAAUAUGAAGGUGAAGACAAAGAUUGUUUCAUGGCUGGAAACAACAAUCUUGAUGAGUUUGUGAUUUCUUCAUCAAAUACAAAAAACACAUCUAGCAAAUCUGGUAUUGGAUAUGUUUCAACUCUUGAAGAAAAAUGUGAUGAAGUAUACACAAGUGAAACUGAGCCUUCACCAAGAACUGAUCCAAGCUCAAACCGGCCAGAAAAUCAAGCUCAAAAGAAAGUUGAAACUGGGCAAAAUCAAGAAAAUAGAAAUUCUGUUCAACCUGACCCAGAAACUGCAGUUGCUAAAAAUUCGAGAGACAAUUCCAUUUUGUCUCAUGAAUCUGAGGGAGAUCCUGAAGACAGCAGCACCCAAAGUCCCUUGGUAACUGAAUCUGCCUCCAAGUCCACCAGACCUCGUGAAUGGAGAUUCUUAAAGAAUUAUCCAGAGAAAUUUGUCAUUGGGGACGUCUCACAAGGGGUUAGAACUCGAUCAUCCAUUAGAAAGGCAAAUGAAGGUUCAACAUUGCCAUUCUCUCACAUAUAG